GGGACGGGGAGGGACGGGGAGGGACGGGGAGGGAACAGGGCGGGACGGUGGGGAGGCAGCCACCCGGGCCAGGUGCGGUGGUGUGUCGGGGUGCAGCGCCCAGGAGCCCCCAGAACCAGGGCAGUGCCCGCCGGCCAUGCCAGGACUCUGAACGAGGUCUGGGACCCCAGGGGCGUUCCGUCACCAGCCCGGCUGCAGGAUGCUGAGCCUGAAGCUGCCCCCGCUGGCAACCAUUGACCAGGUGCCCGAGGUGUUCCAGGAACGGGGCAUCCUCUUUGGCUACCGGCAGCCUCAGAGCACAGCCGCUGCCUGCCUCCUCAGCCUCUUCCAGAUGACCAACGAGACCCUCAACAUCUGGACACACCUGCUGCCUUUCUGGUUCUUCACCUGGAGGUUCGUGGCGGAGCUGGCCGGGACGGACGUCUGGAACGACAGCUACUCCUGGCCUCUGCUGGUCUACAUGGCCACCAGCUGCGUGUACCCGCUGGCCUCCAGCUGCGCGCACACCUUCAGCUCCAUGUCCACCAACGCCAGGCACAUCUGCUACUUCCUGGACUACGGCGCCGUCAACCUCUUCAGCCUGGGCUCAGCCAUCGCCUACAGCGCCUAUGUGUUUCCCGAUGCCCUGAUGUGCUCCACCUUUCACAACAGCUACGUGGCACUGGCCGUACUCAACACCAGCCUGAGCACCGGCCUCUCCUGCUACUCCAGGUUCCUCGAGGUACAGAGGCCCCGGCUCUCCAAGAUGAUCCGACUGCUGGCCUUCGCCUACCCCUACGCCUGGGACUCCCUCCCCAUCUUUUACCGGCUCUUCCUGCUCCCGGAGGACGGCGUCCAGAGCGAGGCCACCCUGUACCACCAGAAGCAGACGGCCCUCACGCUCCUGGCCACCUUCUUCUACUCCGCUCACCUGCCCGAGUGCCUGGCUCCAGGCCACUUCGACUAUAUCGGCCACAGCCACCAGCUUUUCCAUGUGUGCGUGGUGAUGGCCACGCACAUGCAGAUGGAGGCCAUCCUGCUGGACAAGGCCACACGCCGGGACGGGCUGCUGGCUGCCGCGCCCCUGCUCACGCUGCCCCAGCUGGCCGGGGCCCUGCUGCUCUGCCUGCUGCUCAGCCUGACCAACAUCCUCUACUUCUCUGCCGCGCUGUACCGCACGCCUCGGCCCGGGCCCCCGCCGCACGCCAAGGACAGCUGAGCCCCACGGCCGCUUGGGAGCCGCUACCCCGGAACCAGCUCCUCUGCCCCAGGCCAGCGGGGGCCGGGUGACUGUGACAGCGUGUCCCCCCACUUCUGAGUGGGUCUGUCCUCCCCCACCCCCCCAAAAAAGAAGCAAAAAC